CAAUGCUUACUCUGUACUCCUUAGUUAAUACAAUUUGAUAUGUGUCUAUUGAAUUGAUAAAUGCAGACAUGAGACUGUGGGUGUAGUAACUGAGGUGGGUAGAAAAGUACAAAAAUUUAAAGUUGGGGACAAAGUUGGGGUGGGGUGUAUGGUUGAAUCAUGUCAUUUCUGCGACGGUUGUGCCAAAGAUCUUGAAAACUAUUGUCCCAAAGUAUUACUCACAUACAAUUCCACAUACUAUGAUGGAACCCCAACCUAUGGAGGUUACUCUGAUAUCAUGGUGGUUGAUGAGCACUUUGUGAUUCGCAUCCCCGACAACCUUCCUCUUGAAGCCUGUGCUCCUCUUCUUUAUGCUGGAAUCACAACUUAUAGCCCUCUACGAUACUUUGGACUCGACAAGCCUGGUAUGCAGGUGGGUGUGGUUGGUCUUGGUGGUCUUGGCCAUGCAGCUGUGAAAUUUGUCAAGGCCUUAGGUGUUAAAGUAACAGUGAUUAGUACCUCCCGUGGCAAGAAGAAGGAAGCUGUUGAACGACUUGGUGCAGAUUCAUUUUUGGUUAGCCAUGACCCAGAUCAGAUGCAGGUUGCUAUGGGUACAAUGGACGGUAUCAUAGAUACUGUUUCUGCAUCUCACCCUGUCCUACCAUUGAUUGGUCUGUUGAAAUCUCAUGGAAAGCUCAUCUUGGUUGGUGCACCAGAGAAGCCACUUGAGCUUCCAGUCUUUCCCUUGCUCAUGGGAAGAAAGAUAGUGGCUGGAAAUGGCAUUGGAGGCAUAAAAGAGACGCAAGAGAUGAUAGAUUUUGCAACAAAACACAACAUAACGUCAGACAUUGAAGUGAUACCAGUGAAUUAUGUGAAUACUGCAAUGGAGCGCCUUGUAAAAGCUGAUGUUCGAUAUCGAUUUGUGAUUGAUAUAGGGAAUACAUUGAAAGCUGCUUAAUCUUCUUGCCUUGUGGUUCUUGAAUCUUUCUUUUUCUUUUAAAGUAUGUCUCUGGUUGUUGGAUAAGAAUAUUUAUGGGUUUUACAGUCAUGUAGUUUUGAACUUAAUUUAUCUUGUGUUAUCCUUGUUGG